GUUUUCAAAGGCCCAGUCUGACAUUUAUCUGAGACACGGUCUGGCUAAGCAGCCAGGUCGGCUUGCAGAAAUGAGGCAGGUUCUGGAUUCAUUGGGUCUGCAGGCGCUGGUUUUGAUGGAGCACCUUGUGUAUGUGACUCUCUCACACUUGGCUCAAACCUGGUUCGAAUCUGUACCAAGAGAAGUUCUGGACGAUAUUUUAGCUGGUACCGAACUGUAUAACCAAGCAGUAGAAGAGUACAGACAGUAUCACAGCGCUACCUUGUGGAGGACUGUAGUCUUACACCAGACAGAUUAUUACAGACUGCGUUUCCGGUCUCCGAGCAACAAGAGGUGUUAUCCUGCGGCCUUCCCUGUGAAAGAGUUGAUGAGGAUUCUAGCAAUCCAUCAUGGAAAGAUUGCAGCCAAGCAGCUUCACCACUGGGCCUCUCAGCAGACCUACCAAUGCUGUGAAGCCCACCUUAGUGAAAAGUCUCAACUGUAUCCUGAAGCUCUUCCCAACCAGGGGGCCCAACUCUGUUGUGGAGCAUCCAUGUGGACCUGGAAGCAGCUGGAGUACAGCUACCCUCUUAUUACUUUCAACCGACCUCAACCACCCUGUGAUUCAUCCCUCUAUCCACCUCCCCAUUCUUCUCUCCGUCCACCUCCACUUCUCCAUUCACGUCACUUGCUCCUCAACCCUCACCCUAAUUUAGACGGGUCUGUCUUGGAGAACGUCUGUCCUGCAUCAACUUCCGUCCAGCAAAGACCAGAGUGCCCUACCAAAGGCCAAACCAGGACUAACACAGAUAGGAAGUGCCAGUCCUACAUAGGCCUGACUGACUCAACCCAGACAGAUGCAAAAGAUCUGAAAUCAGUCCAAUCCAGUACUGGAGAGCCUGUUCCAAUACAAACGAGUUUAAUUGGCUGUUAUGAAGCCCAGACUAACUUAAACAUUUCUGAAGCCUUCCAAACUGUUCUGCCUCCUUCUCACAGUCCUUCAUUCCUACCUCUCUCAGGAUUCUGCCAGCAGGACCAGUCUUCAUUGGAACUGCUGUUUCAGGCCCUUGUGUCUUCCAGUGACCUUCUGGCUCCGUUGGUACCACAGACAUCCACAACCUCAUCAAGUUGCUCCACAGCUGAAAUGUUGGUACCAAAAAAAUUCAGAGCAGAUAAGAUGGCACCAAAAAGACAGACUAACUCAAUGUCUCUACAAGGAACCAGAACUGAUAGUGUGGCACCAUUACACAUUCAGACUGAUUCAGUGGUGUUAAACAGACUGAGAGCACAGCGAAACCCAAACCUGGAGAUUUGUCAGCAGGAACAGGCAGAAGCAGAAAUGACAACCAGAGAACUCAGUCCCAGCGAGGGAAAGCCAGAAGAGGAGAAAGUGAGGGUAGAAGAGGAGGCGCCACAGGAGCAAGAGUUGUUUGGUCGGCCAUGUUCAGUUCAGUGGCUGGACCUGAGCCAGACGUCGGUGUGUGCAGAUCUGUUUGCACAGUACCGAGCCAUGCUGUGGCCCAAGUGCAGCCAGUCAUUCUGGUUGCACCUCCACUUUCCACCAGCAAGUGGUGCUGUGGGAAGCAUCAACCUGUGGAACAACUGCAAGAGGUUUCAACUCUUACACAUACUUAGUCAGGCCAGCAAAACAGGUUUGGUUCUAAAAGAGUGCAGUGCCAUGCUGGAGGACUUCAGGCUGCUUCUGUCAGUCAGCACAGCGCAUGCACAUUGGGACCAUGUGUUGUGCAUGGCUUUGGGCUGGGGUCUCAAAGAUAAGUGUCUGUUGGGCUCACAGCCAGAUAGCAGUGCUUCAUCAUUUGGUGAUGGAAGCCCAGUGAUGACGGCAACAAUGGAGAGGUUCCUCCAGCUCCCCCCUCCUCUUCUGUCUUCCCUGCACUGUCACCACUCAGCAUACUGCACAGCGCCAGGACCUGAUGGUGUCUGUGGCUCCAGGCUCCCUCUGCUUCAGUCUACUGUUAGCCUAGCGUUAGCCUCAGUCCAGACCUCCACAUUGUGGGUGAUGUCUAAAGCCUAUCAGUUCCUCUCUUCAUGGACCCUCAACAAGUUCCUGUUGAUCACACAAGGAGACCUAAAGGUGUUAAGAAUGUCACUAGAGAGCCUUCUCCAGCAAACUGAGACCCUGAUAAUAGAUGAAGAUCAUGUUAACCAGUACCAUCAGCAUCACCAGCAUCAUCCCCUUCAUCAGGCCUUGCUGAGGCAGCAAAUUGGAGCCCUUCGCAAGGCUGUGUCUAAGCUGCAGGGGUUCUCUUCGCUGGCUCUGAAGAUCUUCUCCACUGACUGUAAGAGGAUGUCAGAGGAGAUCUUUGAGCAGACCAUGCCCCCUGCAAAACACUGGCGGCUCAGUUUCAACACAGGUUUUCCCAGCAGCCCCAGUGAGUAUGCUUCAUUGGCAGCUCAGAGUGUGAUUGGUCAGGUAUUAGAGGGCGUGGCUCCGCUGUCUGACGAUGCCCGUAUCCAGGCUUUGAGUGUAACCAUGACCGCCUUCAUGGAGGCCUGGAUGGAACAUAUCCUGAAACAGAAAAUCAGAUUCAGCAUCCAGGGGGCGCUUCAGCUGAAGCAGGACUUCGAUUCAAUCAGAGAGCUGAUUCAGUCAGACCAGUACAGCCUAUCAACUGAACUACACCAACGAUUGCUCAGCCUGAGAGUUUUUCAGCAGGUAGAUUCAGCAGUUGUGUGUCUGCUGCAGCAACCCCAGGCCAAACCAUAUCUACAGUCCACAGGCUUGGAGCUCUGCAGACGAUGCUGCCCUACAACAGGUAGUAGAAGUAGCAUUGACACAGCAGUAGGGGGAAGUAUAACCAACCUGGAGAGUAUGGAAGGAGAGGCCCUAAACCAGUUUGUUCCCUCCCUCUCAACAUCUGACAACCCCACAGCAGGACCCAAUCCCCCUGGGGAGCCUUACCUUGCUCCAAGCUUUGCUCUUGGUGCUGCUCAGCAGGAGUGGUUGGACCUGCGGGUCCACAGCAGCUCUGCUCGCUGGAGGCUGCCAGGAUUCAGCUGUCUCUCCAAGUCUGAACCCUAAACAGCAGACGUUUACCCUGAAGACACCUGUGAACGGCCAGCAAGUUUGUCCGAACCCUGAAGAAACCAGCCUAACCCCUUCGAAUCAUAUAUCCAGAUCCAAGUCUCUCAACCCCCAAAAAGUAGACGCCUAUAUCAGUUGUUUCUGAGCACAGGGGAUGUAAUGUAAAGAUCCUGACCCUGCAACCCAGCUGUGUCGUGACAGUAGGGGGGUUCAUGCUGAGGUGCUCGGUCUGUGUUAUGCAGUUCUGAAGGGUAGUUUCAGCGCCAGCAGAACCGUUUGUGUACGUGUGUGCACACGUACCUGAUAAUAAAUAGCUAUACAAAUGCCAUCAGAUCAUUCAGAAUCAGAUUUAUUGCCAAGUACAAGAACAUACAAGGACUUUUCCUGGUCUGGUGGUGCAAGAGGGAAAAAUAACAGUAAAGACAAAGGUUAAAAAGAAAAAAUAAUAUAUAAACAUUAAACAAAAUAAAAACGAAAGGGAGGUGCAGUCAACAGCGGUUAAGAGUGGAGCAUGAGACCACCUGGCAGCCCCUUGUGGCAGGAGCUGUGUAAGUUGAAUACUGUUUAAAUGUCAAUGAAAAAUGGUAACUUAAGUGUUUAAUGGGAUUUUCAUUUUGGCCUCGUGGCCAACUAGGAAAUAGUUUACAGAGUACACAGACUUUUGCUGUUCUCUGUAUGUACAUGUAUAUAAUGUCAUGAGUAAUCUGUGUCCACAUGUAUACAUGUGUAUUAUUUUCACUUGUUCUCGCAUGAAGCACACUGUACUACAUGGAGGAUUGAGUUUUAUGGAUGAUUGUUGUCACGGCCCGGCUCGGAGGCUGCGACAAAGAUGGGAAACCGGAUGAGUCUGCUAUUCUGCCCCAGCACCUUUAUUUACAAAACGAUAAAGAACAACCGAAUAAACGUGGUAGACAGUAAUCAGUGGUAUGAGCAGGGAGGGAUGUGUGUGUGUGUGUGUGUGUGUGUGUGUGUGCGUGUGCGUGUGCGUGUGCGUGUGCGUGUGUGUGUCCGUCCGCAAACAAAACAACACGAAACAAAACAGCCGCCGCCGCAGUGGAAGAAGCGGAGAGUGAGUCCUGUGGACAAGCGCUGCUUUAUAGCAAACCACACUGGGGGGGUGGCUCAUGAGCAAAAUGACAAGCCUCCGCCCCCGACCAGGAUUCUGCCAAACAAAGAAGAACCAGGAAAAAGAACUCAAAACCACAGGCCCACCUAGUGGAGCGGAGGCGUCAUCACGUUGUUUAAUGACGUAGUAU